GCAAGUCGCCUCAACAACACAAAGAAUGCCGACAUCGAAGUGUUGUUCUUUAAUCGAGCCGCCAAAGUCGGAAGUGAGUCUAUGCUAGAACUUUUCAUAGCCCUGGAAAAGUACCACGACGACCUUACCCUGGACCGGCACGGAUUGCAAACGAAAACUGUUCGUCAAAUGAAUAAACCUGCAAGGCGUGAGUCCGCGGAGUAUAUUGCCGACUUGGAGGAGGGAACCAUGUACAUAGAGCACAUCAAUUGGUUGAACUUCGAUGAGUUUGAUUUGCCCAAACCCAUUUACAUCAAUUUGGUCCGUGACCCGGUGGAAAGAGUCAUAAGCUGGUACUUCUACGCACGUGGUUCCUACAAAAAUGCCAUAGAGUACAGAAAACAUCCGGAACAAAAGCUAAAGCCGGAGUCCUGGUAUAAAAAGGAUUUCAAUGAGUGCGUUCGGAGCGGAGAUCCGGAGUGCCAGUAUGUGCCGCAUACUUUCAAGGACCCGGUUGGGAAUUUCAAAAGGCAAUCGUUGUUUUAUUGUGGCCAUCACGAUGAUUGUAUUCCCUUCAACUCACCAACUGCUGUGCAAAUGGCCAAGGAACACGUGGAACGGGACUACGCUGUAGUCGGAAGUUGGGAGGAUACCAAUAUAACCCUAACCGUACUUGAGAACUAUAUUCCCCGAUUCUUUCGCAGUGCCAAGCUGAUGUAUGAAAUGCACAGCAACAAGAUCACCAAUCGGAACAAGAACAAGCGCAAGCCCUAUAUUGACCCCGAGGUAAAGGCUAUGAUUCGCAAGAACUUCACCAACGAGUACGACUUCUACUAUUUCUGCAAACAGCGGUUGUACAAGCAGUAUCUGGCUCUGAAUCUCAAAGAGCUGGAGAAGCAUGGACUUUUGUAUUAGUUGGUUUAGAGCCAGAAAUUUAGAUUGUAGUCAGUGAUACAUUAUGCGAACAAAACUUACCCUUCCAAUAAAUAGUACCCAGUAAAUCAGUAGACUAGACCCACACUAUCCGUACCCGUACACGUUGAACCCAUCUAAGUGUCUCAUUGUUCCUUGUGCUGUGUGGCAUGCUACCCUCCCAUGAAGCUUCUAAACCCUUACCAUACCCC